AAACAGAGCAGGAAAAGAUGUUAGUUGGCCGUGUUCCAGGAUGCUAAGCUGUACCAAUGUCUGACACGGCAAAACAACCUCGACUCCUGGAAAACCUGAUCAAAGAUGAAACCACAAGCAUCAUCGUGGACAUCAAGUUAUAGAAAUCAUCCUGAGAGCCUGUAGCCAUGGAUGGGCAUGUCACCAAAACCAAUGAAAGCACAUUCCCCAGCUUUGUGGAUAUAGAUGAUUUUCUCACCAAGCACAACUCAAACUUUAUCUGGCUCCUUGUUGCCACAAUUCUGUCAUGUGGAUGGAUAAUCUACUUAACUUAUUACAACUCCCGCAACAUUGGCCUCAUCCUCACCCUCAUCAUCAACAGACUCUACAAGGAUGGCUACAUUCAUAUUGGCUCCUUUUCCUUCUCUGUGCUGUCAGGGAAAGUCAUGUUCAGAGAUGUCUACUACAUCAAUCAAGACAUGUCCAUCAGGAUACAAGAUGGCUUCCUCAUAUUUCGUUGGUGGAAAAUGUAUAACCCAAAACAAAAACAGCAUGAUCCCAAGGCAGAGACCAGGCUGUACGUGACGGUAAACGGCUUUGAAUUUCAUGUCUACAACCGGACGGACCUCUAUGCCCGACUUCAGGAAACUUUUGGACUUGAACCAACACUCAUAACUCCCAAAAAAGAUGAAGAGAAGGGGCGAGAAGAUAGAAACAAAACCCUUGAAAAUGUGAGCAUCAAAUCAGAGAGUCCAGAUCCCACAUCUUCUUGGCGCUCCCUCAUUCCUGUAAUCAAAGUUAACAUCAGCACUGGUCGUUUGGCUUUUGGGAAUCAUCAUCUGCCCCAGACGUUGUGUUUGAACUUUGAGGACGCUUUCCUGACAUAUGCUACCAAGCCUCCAUCCAGCCACCUGGACCAGUUCAUGCACAUUGUCAAGGGCUCGCUGGAGAAUGUGCGCGUAAUGCUGGUUCCUAGUCCACGCUACCUUGGCAUGCAGAAUGAUGAACCUCCCAGACUGAUGGGUGAAGGCUUUGUGGUUAUGCAGUCCAAUGAUGUUGAUAUCUACUACUACCAGGAUGAACCAGGUCUGGUGCCUGUGGAGCAGGAGGGUGUGGAGGAAGCAGAGACAUGCAGUGAGGACGAUAAGCUUCAGGACUUGCCUCCAUGUUGGGGUCUUGACAUUGUCUGUGGAAAAGGGACUGACUUCAACUACGGCCCUUGGGCAGAUCGUCAGAGGGACUGUCUGUGGAAGUUCUUCCUUCCAGCUGACUACCAGGCCAUGAAAGUGACUGAGGUUGCCCAGCCAGGAAAACCCAGGCAGAUCCAGGCCUUUGAGCUCCGAAUGAACAUCAUUGCUGAUGCAACUAUAGACCUUCUUUUCACUAAAAACAGGGAAACCAAUGCUAUCCAUGUGAACGUGGGGGCUGGUUCUUACCUGGAAGUCAACAUCCCUAUGACUGUGGGAGAGAAUGGCUACUCUCCCACCAUCAAAGGCCAACUGCUUCACGUGGACACCACCAGCAGCAUGCUAUACAGGACUCUUUUGGAGGCUGAGAUGCUUGCUUUUCAUGUCAUAGCUAGCUACCCUCGGGUCUGGAACAUGCCUCAGUCCUGGCAGUGUGAGAUCGAAGUCUACAAGGCCACCUACCACUUCAUCUAUGCCCAAAAAAACUUCUUUACUGAUUUAAUCCAGGACUGGGCAAGUGACAGCGCCCCAGACAUCUACUCCUUUGUCCCCUAUUCCUGGAAGUUUAAAAUUCUUUUUCAUCAGUUUGAGAUGAUCUGGGCUGCAAACCAGCAUAACUGGAUUGACUGUUCCACCAAGCAGCAGGAAAAUGUGUACCUGGCAGCAUGCGGUGAGACGCUCAAUAUUGACUUCACUUUGCCUUUCAAUGAAUUUGUCCCAACCACUUGCCACACCCGCUUCAGUUUAAAGGCAGAAGAUACAGACAUGCGGUUAUCCCUGCCAGAGUGCCAUCCCAGUCGCUACCCCCUGCUCACCCUAGCCAAAGACUACCAGAAUAUAAAGCUACCUCAAGAGAGGUUUAUGCCAGGGGAGAACCAAGGCGCUCACCCUCCCAAACCAAAGUCCCGCUGGAGGAACAUCACCAAUGCAGAAGCUGGCUGGGUGGAUUGCUGGAGUGUACCCAACUUCUUGCUUAUCAUUGACUACACCUGGCAUCCCAUAUAUCCCCAGAAGGCUGAUGAGCAGCUUAAACAGUCGCUGUCUGAGAUGGAGGAAUCCAUGCUGUCAGCCCUGCGUCCCCCAGAACACACUUCUUUACCUCAUAAAGCACAGCCACGCCACACGUCUGCAUCUGCUUCUGCUGCCCACAGCAGGGCACCCACUGACCCUUCAGAACUCCCCCCUGACAGACUUCAUGUGGAGAUGGAGAUGUCCCCUGAUUCUCAGAUUAUCCUGUAUGGGCCCCUGCUCCGAGCACUUAUUUCCAUCAAGGAAAACUACUUUGGUGAGGAUGACAUGUACACAGACUUUGAGGAGGCAGUGUCCAGCCCUGUGUUGUCCACCUCCACCUCCUCUGGCCUCGGUUGGUCUCCUCUGGGAAUGGAGGACAGCGAACAGAAGGACAAAUCUGACAUCCAUCCCUUAGACCUGCGCCCAUGGGACAUCACUGUGAACAUCAAUCUCUACAAAGUUCACGGCCGACUGCCAAUGCAUUGCAGCAGUGAGGGUCCUGAGGGUCCUUCUGGCUUCUUGGAGCGUCUUUGCUUCGAGAUGAAAAAGGGUUACAAGGAGACGAUGCUUCAGCUGCUCCUGUCUCCCAUACACAUCUUUGUUAGUGACAACUACCAGCGUCCUACUGCAGAUGGGGUGUUGAGAGACGGCCACUUAGGUCUGUCUGGCCUGCAGAUGAGAGCCCAUGCCAUGUUCUCAGCUCAGGGCCUCCCCUUGGGCAGUGACACCCUGGAGUAUGCCUGGCUCAUUGACAUGCAGGCUGGGGGGCUCACUGGCAGAGUCACUGUGCCACAGGUGGCCAGCAUAAUUGAGUGGGGUGAGACUUUCCUUUUCCAUGGGGUGUCCAGAGAGUUCCAGCUAGAACAACCCAAGCCCUCUGUCAUUUGCCAGCAUGGUGUUGACCGUCGCAUCUGCGAUGCCAAGAUGAGCUGCUUGCCAGGUCACUGUCGAACUUCAGAGGAGCUGAAAUACACCAUGACACGUCUGGCGAUGGAUGGAGUUGACCUGUUCAUUGUGGAGCAUGGCUGUGCUGCCAACAUCAAGACAGCCAAUAUUCGGGUUGCCAACUGUAACCUACACAACCAGGCAGUGGGGGAGGGCAUCAGCGCUGUGGUGCAAGACAUAAACAUCCGGCAGUACAUAGAGCAGCAGCAGCACAGUGAGGCAGCAAGGCUGCAGCCAUCUGGACAGGGUCAAGGUCUGGGUCAGCCAUUAGGUCUGGGUCAGCCCCCUUUGCUGCGACGCUCAAUAUGGCUGGAGGCGGGUUCAGUCAACCUGAACCUCAUUACAGCAGACAUUGCCCUGGCCGCUGACCACCCAGCCAAGUGUGAAGUCCAGAGGCAUUUUCUUGAGCUACAUGAUGCUCAGACUAAAAGGCUCUGGUUCCUGUGGCCAGAAGAAGCAGGCAUUCGUAACAAGCGCAGUAGGAAUCGCUGUGGCUGUCUUGGAGGCUGCAGGUUCUUUGGAGGAACUAACAUGGGUCUCGACUUCUUCAAACUUGAGGAGCUCACCCCUUCAUCCUCGUCUGCCUUUUCUUCUUCGAGCACAGAGUCAGAUAUGUCUUAUGGCCAAUCUUUGCUACACCCUGGAGAGUGGAUUAUUACCAAGGAAACACCUAAAGUUGACGGGAGAGUUGUUGGGCUAAAGACUGACACACAUUCGCCAUGCCUGCCACCUGAGCUCCCUGAGAGGCGUGUUCAGCAACACCUCAGUCUCCAGGUCCCCCAGCGCUCCCACAGCUCUGCCUCCUCUUCUGAAGAAAAUAGUUCCUCUAGUGCUGCAUUACCACUUCUGGCUGGAGAAAGGGACUCUCCCUCACCAAGCACAGAGGAACGCUUGUUUCCGAUGAAUGGAAGAAGCCCUGCUGACACCCUAGGGGAAGUUCCAGAGGUCUCCCCAGUAUCACCCAACAGCUCCCAGGAUCGCUCUUCAGUGCGCUCCCCACUCUGCUCCCCCCUUAAGCGCCAGUCCUCUGUACACUCAGGUCGACUUGGCAGUACCAAAAGUCUGUCAGCUGCAGUCUUCACCGACAAGCCUCCUCCAGUUUUGUCCGGCGGUGUCCAGUUUAGCAGUGAAGUCUCCCGAAGUGAUGAGAAUGUCCUGGAUUCACCACGUCAGCGUAGAAGCUACGGCUCUUUUCCCUUCACACCUUCUGCAGACUCUAACACCUUCCACCAAUACCGCUCUGCUGACUCCAGCAUGUCCGUGGCUGACAGCGAGGCCUACUUCUCUGCAGCUGAGGACUUUGAGCCAAUAAGUAGUGCUGACGAGGGUCCUGGAACAUACCCAGGUCGCAAGAAGAAGAGGAGGCAACAGAUGCAGCAGCCUCAGCAGCCCCCAUAUCACAUGGAGAACUACAGUCGGAGCUCCAUCUACCACAGUGUUGAAGGUCCCCUUACCUAUCUGCUCAAUGGAGAGCUGAUCACUGAGCCACGUCCUCUGCCCCUGCCCCCGAUGCUGCCUCCUCUACCACCCCAUCCCCUGCCUAGCCACACAUCUCAAGCUUCCUUUGUCUCUGCCCUUGCUGAGGAGGAGAGCUCAGUGGAAGCGGAGAAGACUGCUGAACCAGGGCCUGUGACCCGCCAGCCUCAUGUCAUGGCGUGCUACCAGAAUUAUCUAGCCCAUUACCAGGUCUCAAAUUGGUCCGUCAAGCAGCCCACCAAUAAGAGAACCUCAAAGUCCUCACUCCAUCGCCCCCUAGAUUUGGACACACCCACCAGCGAAGAGAGCUCCACAUCCUUUGACCAGCUUUCUGUUCCCAGCUUUAAGGUGAUAAAGCAGGGUCUCUCUGCUAGCUCUCUAUUGGACAGAGGAGUUCAGUUCAUGGGAGAAAACAAUAGUACACCAUAUACUCCACUGGACAAGAGAGCCAUGGAGAACACGGAUGAGGAUACAACAACGGAUGACUGGACUCUGGAGCAGCCUUUAGCUCAGACCAGGACAACUGCCAUCGUUGAAGUGAAGGGGGCCAUCAAUGUGGUGCUGACGCCCCUCGUGGCUGAAUCCCUGGACAGGUAUAUUGAAUCCACGGUCCAUUUUGUCGGUAUCCGUCAUCCUGCAGCAAUUCUGGAUGACCUGCAUGGGAAAGUCCUCAAUGAAGCCUAUCAAAUCAGCAAGUCCACUGUCACUGAGUCUAGCCAAACAGGAAAGCAGGAGCACAAGCUGUCCAAGACAGAGGGCACAACCCCUGGAUCCCUGAACAUCUCACAUGGCCAGACAGACCUGUCUAUCAAACCAGAUAAUGUGAAAAUCAAGGGCCUCCAGGCCAACGUCUCCAUCCCCAAGGUGAAUCUUUGCCUCCUGCAGGCCUCUGUAGAGGAGGGGUCACCAUCUUGCUCCAGUAAGUGUGUCACACAUGUGUCUCUUGUGGCACUGUGCUUUGACAGGAUCGCUACCCAGUUUAGAAUGAACAGGGGUAUUGUAGAGGAGACACCAAACACCACAGAACAUGGGAGACCUUCAGUCAUGUUGGAGAAGUACGCCUCAGCCACCAAGAUGCAGCCUCAGUCAUCUGGCUCAUUGCGCUCCAAUGCUGGCAUCGAGAAAGGCAAAGAAAUUGCUGCUAGGCUUAAUAUCCACCGUAUCCACAGCCAGCUGCGCGGCCUCGACUCUACAGACAUUGGUACAUGUGCUAUCACAGCAAUACCAUUUGAGAAAUCUAAAGUGCUGUUUGGCCUGGAGGAUAUGGAAGAGUUUUCACUGGUGGAUGAAACUGAUGCUCAAGCCACAGCAGGGGAUCUUGGCCGUUCCACUUCAUCUCUUGAGAAAUGGGGUUGGAUCAUGUUUGAAUGUGGCAUAGAAAACCUCACGGUCAAAGGGGGGCGUCAGUCAGGAGCCAUUCUUUACAAUGCAUUUGGUGUGAUGGGGCGCUCAGACACUGGUGGUAGGACAGGAAUGUCUAAGUCAAAUGGUUCUACAGGCUCACAGACCGGCAGUGGGUACAGCACUGAUGUCUCUGAUGACAACCUACCAAAUGAUACCAUCAGCCCUACCUCCGAUGUCAAUGACCACUCGGACUCUGAUGACCAGGAUGAAGGGGUGGAAUCAGACGACCUGAAGAAAGACCUCCCCCUCAUGCCCCCUCCCCCUGACUCCAGUAGCAUGAAGUUGACCAUUAGAGAGAUCUGGUUCAGUUUUGCUGCUCCAACUAAUGUGCGUUCGCCUUCACAGGCCAUCUCAAGGCAGCUGAAUCUGUUGAGCACAGCCACACCUGCCAUUGGAGCCUGGUUGGUUCCCAUUGACCAACUCAAAUCUUCUCUGAGGAAACUGGAGAUGGAGGGCACACUCCGAGUGUGUGCUGUGAUGGGUUGCAUCAUGACAGAAGCUCUAGAAAAAAAGAGCAUCCACAUCCCCAUCCGAAGCAAGUACAACCGAGUGACUAAACGAGCUCGGUACCUGCAUGAGAAUCCCUCCUGUAUGCUUUGUAACAUCCUUCAUCGCUAUCUGCAGCAGGCUGACUACUCUGUCAUUGAGGAGGCUACCAUGAAUGACGGGGUUCCAGCACUCGUGACUCUAAAAAAGGGUCUUGUUGCUUUGGCUCGACAAUGGAUGAAAUUCAUUGUUGUUACCCAGGGCUUCAAAGCUAUAGGUCUUAUGAGGCCAAAUCAGCUCACUAAACCAAAGGAGCCUCAGCAGAGUUUGGGCGAAACUAUCUUGGGCUUGGACAAUGGUGCUGCGCUGCAGAGUGACACCAGUGCGGAUGGAGCUGAAUUUGAAUUUGACGCAGCCACAGUGAGUGAACACACCAUGUUGCUGGAGGGAGCAUGCGGCCGUCCCCCACCAAAAGAAGCAAACUCUGGUCCUGUAAGCGGCGUGGAGAUAAUGAGGAAACUGUCCAAGUCCCACACACACAAUGAGUCUGCACUUAGAAUAAAGGGCUCCCAUCCAUACCAGUCUCUUAGCUACACCAGUGGUGACACAGCAGCUGACUCACCAGCCCAUGUGAGCCGGGCAGGACUGCCAGCCAAAGACAGCCCCAGGAAAGAGAGCCUCCUGAGCAAUCUAACGGGCAGCUUUCGCAGUCUGCACAACCUACUGGAGGGCAUGCCCCAGAGGAAUGAACCAUCAGUCGCAGCUGCUAAGAGUAGCUCCCUCACUCGCACAGGAAACAGUUUAGGUACAGAUAUGCUGACUGAACACCCACUACUGUCUGAGCCCUCCUCUGUCAGCUUUUACAACUGGAUGUCAAAUGCUGUUGGCAACAGGACAGGAGCGGGAACCCAGGACUCCCCCGUUAACCGCUCCCAGCACAACAGUCUACAGACAGAACCGCUGGAUUCUCCUGUCAACUGCUACCAGUAUCAUCCACUACCAACUGUUCACAGUCCAGAAGGUGGGACGUGUAACCUACCCACAAUCCCCUCAGCAUCGGACUUCAACACGGUGCUCUCCAGUGACCAGAAUACCUUAGACGGAACCCACUCCCAGCACUCCCAACAUAGCACCAGCCAGGAUGACAUUGCUGACAUUGAGGAGGGCAACCAGUGUCCAGCUGCUGUUCAGCUGGCAGAUGCUCAGGUUGUUUUCAAGCCUUUACUGAGCUACAUAGGUAUUCAGGCCCAAGACACCACUCCUCUUAGUUACAAAAUGUAUUUUGGAGAACAUCUGUCUUUUUCUGGCAACCUUGAGUGUCUCAGAGCAGACAUUGUCGACUCUGAUACCUCCAAAGAACGGAAAAACAAAAGAUCCAGGAGACAAGGCAUGGUCAGUCUCCCUCCCUUGGAGUUUAAGCCAGCCCUGCUAAUUGAGACAUUCAGCCUAAAUGCAGUAGUGAUGGAGAAAUCGACCAGCGCCCCUCAAGGCCCCACUGCAGCUCCACUUUCCUUCCACGACCUCAACCGCCGCCACUACAACACAUUCCACUGUGAUUUUACUACAGCCUGUCAGGCGAUCAGCCAGCGUGUUGACAUGGCCCUCGUGCGCCUCAUCCACCAGUUUAGCACCAUGAUAGAUGACAUCAAGGCCACACAGACUGAUAUCAAGCUGAGCCGCUACACUGCUGGCUCAGCCUCUCCAACCCCAACCUUCAAGGCUCGCCCAUACCGCCACUUCAGGUCCUCUGACUUCAGCCGAAGUUCAAGGGGUAGCCUCAAUGGAACAGGACGCAGUGGAACCCAAACCUUAAAGAGCAAGAGAGGGCUGGGUGCAGGGGGAGGAGUAGUCGGUGCAGGCACAGGCAUUCAAGGGGGUUUACCACCAAAUGGGCCUCCAUCAGGAAUGGACACGUUAGGGAGACGGGAGCCUCGAGGGCGCAGCUCCCUUGGACGUUCAGAGCGACGCACAUCUAAAGUGUCAAGAAAGGGCUCCCGUGACGUGGCAGACCACAUGGCAAUCCAAAUGGAUGAUUCGGACUCUAUCACCGUUUCAGAGCAGAGCGAGCCAUCAGCAGAAUGUUGGCAGAACAUGUACAAGCUUCUCAACUUCUACUCCCUCAUCUCUGAUCCAACUGGAAUCCUGGAGAAAAGCUCCCCAGAGAACUGUCUUUCAGAAGGUGGACUUCGCCCCUCAGAACCUUUCUGUAAAGUGAUAUUUGAGAAUGAGCAGCAGGACCCCACCACCCCCAACAAACCCCAGGGUACAGGGGGACGACGGCGGAGCCUGGUGAACUCUGAGCCCCAGCAUGUCACACUCAUAGUUUUUGGCAUUGGCAUGGUCAAUCGAACUCACCUGGAAGCAGACAUUGGAGGGCUUACUAUGGAGGCUGAGCUGAAGAAGAUUCAUGGAAGUUUCACCCUAAAGGAGAAGAUGAAAGAUAUCCUGCACCAGAAAAUGACUGAGACGUGUGCAUCAGCUCAUAUAGGAGGGGUAAACAUUGUUCUGCUGGAAGGAAUAACACCUGACAUCCAAACGGUGGUCAAAUGCAACAUUGCAAAGUCCCAGGCACUGUACAGCGCCCAGAGAGGACUGAAGACCAACAAUGCAGCUGUAUUUAAAGUGGGAGCCAUCAUGAUCAACAUCCCCCAGCAUCCUGCAACUUUGCACAGCAUGAUGGUCCGCAGCUCUCACCAGCUCUCCAAACAAAUCUCUGACCUCAUCCGCCAGCCCUCAAACAUUCAGCCUCCUAAUAGAGAGGACACCCCAACACCACAACCCUCUGACAAAGCAUCCAGCAUCAAUCAGACCCCAGUAGAAGCCAAUGAGUUCCCUCAGCUUCCUGAAGGCCUAGAGAAGAAGCCCAUUGUCCUGAAGUUUAGCGCCAUGAUGGAUGGCAUCACAAUCGGGGCAGCCCUUCUGCCAUCACUAAAAGCAGAGUACAAAAUGGGUCGCAUGAAGAGCCACGGAAUGACAGGGGCACAAACAAGUUUCACCUUUGAGUUGCCAAACCAUAAGCUUUGCUUCCAAUCUAAAGUGUCACCAGUGGACAUGUCCACAAUGCCACCAUCAGCUAGCCUCACGCUGCCACCAGUUACCAUGUCAGGGGAGUACAUCAUGGAAGACCAUGAGAGCCACUCAGACCAGGGCUGGGCUCCUGAUGACUUCCCAGCGAAGCAAGGCAACUACUUACAAGGCAACUAUCUGCGCUGUGUUGCUGAGAUUGGUUCAUUUGAGCACAACCUGUCAACAGACCUGCUGAACCACCUGGUUUUUCUGCAAAAGGUUUUCAUGAAGGAGGUCAAUGAGGUUAUUCAGAAGGUCUCAGGAGGAGAACAACCCAUCCCGCUGUGGAAUGAGCAUGACACAUCAACAGAUGCAGACAAGCCAAAAAUCCUACUAUAUUCUCUCAGUCUCAUGUUCAAGGGAAUCCAGAUGACAGCCACAACUCCCACCAUGCGAGCUGUGCGCUUUGAGACAGGCCUGAUAGAACUGGAACUAUCCAACAGAAUCCAGUGCAAGACUCAGCCUGGUGGCAGCAGCAGUUACCUCAAACUGUUUGGCAAAUGUCAAGUUGAUCUUAACUUGGCUCUUGGACAAAUAGUUAAGCACCAGGUGUAUGAAGAAGCUGGCUCUGACUUCCACCAGGUGGCAUACUUCCGUACACGGAUUGGCCUGCGGAAUGCUCUACAGGAGGAGAUCAGUGGCUCCUCAGAUAAGGAGGCUGUUCUCAUCACGCUCAACAGACCAAUUGUUUUUGCCCAGCCUGUCGCAUUUGACAGAGCUGUGCUUUUCUGGCUGAAUUACAAGGCUGCAUAUGACAACUGGAAUGAGCAACGCAUGGCCCUCAACAAAGAUAUUCACAUGGCCACCAAAGAAGUGGUGGACAAGCUGCCAGGCAUUCAACAGACCUCUGCCCAAGCUUUCAGCACCCUCUUCCUGCAGUUGACAGUCAAUGACCUGGGAAUCUGUCUACCCAUCACCAACACAUCCCAGAGAGGACCAGUUACAGAGGGCACCAACUCUGGAGCUGGGGCCAGCACAUCAGUAGGCCACCAUAAAAAUGCACAAAAAGCCAACCACAGCAUAGAUUUUGACACUGGCUCCGCCUUGGUCCUGACAAUUGAGAGUACACUGAUCACUGCCUGCUCGUCUGAGUCCCUGGUCAGCAAAGGCCACUUCAAGAAUUUCUGCAUCCGUUUUGCUGAGGGCUUUGAGACCUCAUGGGAUGACUGGAAGCCUGAGGUCCGAGGAGAUCUAGUCAUGAAUGCCUGCGUAGUUCCUGAUGGUACAUAUGAAGUGUGUUCCAGGACUACAGGGCAGCCAUCUGCAGAGAGCAGUAGUGCUGGCACGUGGACGCUAAACGUACUUUGGAAAAUGUGUGGUAUCGAUGUUCACAUGGAUCCAAACAUCGGCAAGCGCCUUAAUGCCCUGGGUAACACGCUGACGUCCCUGACAGGAGAGGAGGACAUAGAUGACAUUGCUGACCUUAACUCUGUCACGAUGGCAGACCUUUCAGAUGAGGAUGAAGCUGACUCCAUGUCACCCACUAUCCACAUGGAGACCAUUGACCCUAGAAGGCAACUGGUGAUGGGGAACCAAGUGAUUGACCCUCGUGGAAGGAAGUUCACCAAGAGAGUGGUGGACAUCAGAGAGCUGAAUGAACAGGCCAAGGUCAUCGAUGAUCUCAAAAAAUUGGGGGCCAGUGAAGGCACCAUCAACCAGGAGAUACAGCGUUACCAGCAGCUAGAAUCUGUGGCUGUCAACGACAUUAGGAGAGAUGUCAGAAAGAAACUGAGACGUUCCAGCAUGAGGGCGGCCUCUCUGAAGGAUAAGUGGGGCCUUGGCUACAAACCAAGCUACAAUCGUUCCAAAAGCAUCUCUGCAGCAGCAGGUCGACCCCCUCUGAAGAGGAUGGACAGACAGAGCUCCAGACUCGGGGAUAUGGAUGAUUUACCAGAUUUGCGUGUGGAUGCAGCCUCUCCUGGACCCCGGGUCACCUUCAACAUCCAGGAAACGAUAAAAAAUCUGGCUUUGGAAACACCCCAUGCACCUGUCAGUCCAGGAGAGGUAUUUAAGUUUCCUGAGGAGACAGAGGUGGACCUGCUUUCAGUCUCCAUUGAUGAACCAUUCCAUCAUCAUGUUCAUCAUCAUCAUCCUCAUUCCCCAUCUGUUUUCGAGGGCCAGCACUCAGCUUUUAGUGCCCCUGUCACCCCAGCUGUCUUUUCCCCUACAAUUCCCUUCCAGCAUGACGACAUGAGGCGGGACGACCUGUCCUCUUCCUCAUCUGAGGAUUCAGAAAAGGAGGAUGAAUUUGAACGGGAGAGACCGCCAAGCUACCGAAGGCCUUUUCAAACGUCACACAGGAAGUCCACAGGGUUUUCUGCCGUGAGUCAGCUGUUUAGUGAGCGCUGGCCUGGCACAGCUGCCAACCGCAGUUUUAGUGGCCCAACAACUGAAAGAAACAUCGACUUUGAGCUUGAUGUCCGUGUGGAGAUUGACAGCGGGAAGUGUGUCCUUCACCCCACCACACAGCAACCAGAGCAUGAGGACAUUUCCCUAAGGAGGAGCUGUGAGCGCAGUCUUAGGAGUCUAGAUCAGGAGUCCCCACCCAAAAAGAAGAAGCUGCAGCCCACCUACACCUCUACCACCCACCUCCUAGCUGGCAAGAAAUGUCCCUCCUCCUUGCAGACCAAAUCCAAUGACAUGGAAACCACUGUCUUUUACAUUCCAGGAGUAGAUGUUAAGUUGCACUACAACUCAAAAACACUGAAGACGGAGUCCCCAAAUGCAUCCCGUGGCUCCUCUCUCCCUCGCACUCUCUCCAAAGAGUCCAAGCUGUAUGGUAUGAAAGAUAGCGGCCCUCCCAACUUUUCCAAUGCUGUUCAAACCAAGACUAACUCGCUCCUCCCUCCCCCGCCCCCACCUAUUCCAUCAGCCAAAGGCAAAGGCAGUGGUGGAGUAAAGACAGCCAAGCUGUAUGCCUGGGUGGCCCUCCAGACACUACCUGAGGAAAUGGUCAUUAGCCCCUGUCUGCUUGACUUCCUGGAAAAGGCACUGGAGACCAUUCCUAUCACUCCAGUUGAUAGGAAUUAUGCAGCUGUGGCUUCCCAGGAGGAAGACAUGGGUCAGUUUGACACUGUGGAGCAACUAGAGGAAUCCACCACCUCCUUGGUUUCCUCUUCCACAUCGGCCUACUCCUCAUUCCCAGUUGAUGUAGUUGUUUAUGUCAGAGUCCAGCCCUCUCAGAUCCGCUUCAGCUGCCUUCCAAUGUCCAGGGUGGAGUGCAUGCUCAAACUUCCCUCUUUAGACCUGGUCUUCUCUUCUAAUCGUGGAGAACUAGAGACCCCAACUGGAGCCCAUCCUACAGACGGAUCUCAUCCAUCAUCCUCCACUCCACCAGGACAACAUAUUCCCAAACUACCACCAAGUAAAGCCUCACCAUUGCUGGGGAGUCCACUGGGAAGGAGCCGACACAGCAGUAGCCAGUCAGACCUAUCUGGGCCCCCCAGUAACUCAUCAGGCCUCAGUUUUACUGCCUGCAUGUCUGACUUCUCCCUCUACGUUUUCCACCCCUACGGCGCAGGAAAGCAGAAAUCCGCAGUAACAGGCUUGCCUCCUGGUCCAGGGCCCUUAGGUACUGUUGAUGAAGAGCCUUCCUCAGUAACAGGGAGAAAAGACUCUCUGAGUAUUAACCUGGAGUUUGUUAAAGUCAGCUUAUCAAGGAUGAGGCGAAGUGGGGGCCCUACCUUCAUUGAAAGCUUCAUUCCUCCAAAAGGUGGCAAGAUGGACACCACCCUUAUCAACAUCUCAGCUGUAUGUGACAUUGGCUCCGCCUCUUUCAAGUAUGACAUGAGGCGACUAAGUGAGAUCCUUGCCUUUCCAAGAGCCUGGUACCGUCGAAGUAUUGCCAGACGCCUCUUCUUGGGAGACCAGACAAUCAACCUGCCAGCCUCUGGUCCUGCCACCCCUGACUCAGCCGAAAACAUCACCCAACAUCUGUCCCCUGAGUCUAGCCGGAAAGCUUACUGGAGGACCUGGGAUGGCAGCACGGGGACACAACACAUGCCUCAAUCCCCCAAUGUCUUUUCGGAGCACUCCACCGGAAACAACAUGUCUCCAGGUGGCUUGGGCCACCUCAAGUCCCCUGCACCUGGACGCACCAGGAGUGUAUCAGAUUCCUCUGCACCUCGGAGAGAUUCUGUCACAAAAACCUCCACUCCUUCCUUCAGUAAAAAUGGUAAGGCCGCAGGCCAGCAGGGUUCACCGUGGGAGACUCUGGUGGUGUUUGCCAUCAACUUAAAACAACUCACUGUCCAGAUGAAUAUGAGUAACGUCAUGGGAAACAACACCUGGACGACUAGCGGGCUAAAGAGUCAAGGCCGACUGUCUGUAGGCAGCAACCGGGACCGAGAGAUCAGCAUGUCCGUCGGCCUUGGCCGCUCCAAGCUGGACUCCAAGGGCGGGGUGGUGGGUGGCAAUAUAGACGUGAACACCCUGGAGAUGGUUUCACACAUCUCUGAGCACCCCAACCAACAACCUAGCCAUAAGAUCCAGAUCACAAUGGGUUCUACAGAGGCCCGUGUGGACUACAUGGGCUCCAGCAUUCUUAUGGGAGUUUUCAGCAAUGCUGAUCUGCAGUUACAGGACGAAUGGAAGGUCAACCUGUGCACCGUUGACACUAGUCUGUCAGAGAAAAGUGUGAUCUUUGUCCAUGGAGACUUGCAGUGGGACAUAUUCCAGGUGAUAAUUUCCCGCUCCACAACACCAGACCUUAUUAAGAUCGGCAUGAAAUUGCAGGAGUUUUUCACUCAGCAGUUCGACACCAGCAAGCGAGCCCUCUCCACUUGGGGCCCUGGCCCAUACCUACCCCCCAAAACCCCAGUUAUCAACACUGAAAAAGGAGCUGCAGAGCUUUAUAUGGAUGCAGCCCAUCAUCGCCAUUGGCCUGGGGUGCUGAAGGUGAUUGCUGGCUGCCACAUUUCCCUCUUUCAGAUGCCUCUGCCAGAGGACGCUGUGCAACUGGGUGGUUCAAUGAGCCUCCAUGGCAACCACAUGACCCUGGCCUGCUUCCACGGGCCUAACUUUCGCUCAAAGUCAUGGGCUCUGUUCCACCUUGAAGAGCCCAACAUUGCCUUCUGGACAGAGGCGCAGAAGAUCUGGGAGGAUGGCUCCAAAGACGAUUCUACCUACAUUGUUCAAACACUGGAUUUCCAUCUUGGUCACAACACUAUGGUUACAAAACCUUGUGGUGCCCUUGAAAGCCCAAUGGCCACUAUAACCAAAAUAACCCGUCGGCGUCAUGAAAACCCUCCACAUGGUGUCGCCACGGUGAAAGAAUGGUUUAAUUAUGUCACUGCCAUGAGGAAUGAAGAGUUGAACCUGCUCAGGAAUGUUGAAGCAAACAACCAGGAGAGUGGAGCUGCUGCUAAAAGCUCCAGUCUGCUUAGCAGCUUCCGGAGCUCCUCAAGUUACAACCACGAAACAGAGACAAUCUUUGCUCUUCCAAGAAUGCAGCUGGAUUUCAAGUCCAUCCAUGUACAAGAUCCUGAGGAACCAUCUCUUACAGACUCCAACAGCAAGCCCAAAGUGGAGUGCAGUGUGGUGACAGAAUUCACAGAUCACAUCUGUGUCACCAUGGACGCAGAGCUCAUCAUGUUUCUUCACGACCUGGUGUCUGCAUACCUGAAGGAAAAGGAAAAAGCCCUUUUUGCUCCACGGAUGUUCAUGGCUCGCCCAGGCCAGAAAAGCCCUACGGCCCUGCAUGACGAAAGCUCUUCAGACAAGGACAAGGAUGACGGCAUCAACUACACCACAGUGGACUGGAGGGAGUUCAUGUGCAACACCUGGCACUUAGAGCCAACUCUCAGACUUAUCUCUUGGACUGGACGAAAGAUUGACCCAGUUGGCGUGGACUACAUUUUGCAAAAACUUGGCUUCCACCAUGCCAGGACAACAAUUCCCAAGUGGCUGCAGAGGGGCGUGAUGGACCCACUGGACAAGGUUUUGUCAGUGCUGAUCAAGAAGCUCGGCACAGCCCUGCAGGAUGAGAAGGACAAGAAAGGCCGAGACAAAGAAGAACACUGAAAAACACAAACCAUUGUGUGUUCAAGCUGUGCAAACGUUCUUUAUAGUCACAACACUGGAAACUGUAUUACAAUAGCUGGUAAAAAACUGUACAUCAUAAUUGUCAUAUGUACUUUUUUUCUCGCUACACAGUGUGAAAUUCAGCAUAGUUGUUUACUGUGGUCUCAGCCACUAGCGGCUUUGACUAAAGCAUUUUGCACCAAUGUCAUUUUCUGUAUAUUUUGAACAAAUUAGGAUGUUUUUCUUUUUUAUUUAACUGCUUUAAUAGUGAAACCCUGCCUCUUUUACCUGUUGUAAAUGACCUUACUGAAGUAGUUUGAAAGUUUAUUUUGAGGCUUAGAAAUAUUUCAUAAGAAAUGAUUUCUUAAACUAUUGCCUUUCUUUGUUUCCCAUGGAACACAUGCUAGAUAUGCUUGUGUAGUUCUAAGAUAUUUAAGGGUUGUUCAGUGACAGAGUUCUUUUUUUUAUUGUGAAUGAAAACAUUGGGAGAUUACAGCCCAUCAACCUCUUUGUCAUGAGAAUGACAUAAUCUUGUAAUUAAAAUUUUACCAAAGGUUUAUGGGUUAUGUGACAUUUAAAGUCUACAUGUAUUAAUUAGCUUGGUGUGUCAAGCUUCAGUCCUUUUUUAAUCCAAACAGUCGAACCAGUGUAUAUAAUUGAGUUUCAUAAAUUUGCUGAUUUCCUAACUUAAUAAAAACUUUGCCAAUUA